GCACUGGGCGUCACAGAGGUGGGCGGGGCUUAGUGGCGCGGCCUGAGGGCGGCGGGAGUCUGUGCUUGCUUCCUCGGCGGUGUCCCACGCUGCUCGCACGCUGUGCGGGGCAACAUGGCGGACACGGAAGUGUAUAUUGUGCCGAAGAAACAUAAGAAGAAAAAGGAGCGGAAGUCGUUAGCAGAAGAAGAUGUAGCAGAGAUACAACACGCUGAGGAAUUUCUUAUCAAACCUGAAUCCAAGGCAGCUCAGCUGGACACAUCUCAAUGGCCCCUGUUGCUCAAGAAUUUCGAUAAGCUAAAUGUAAGGACAACACACUAUACACCUCUUCCUUGUGGAUCAAAUCCUCUGAAGAGAGAGAUUGGGGACUAUAUCAGGACAGGUUUCAUUAAUCUUGAUAAGCCCUCCAACCCCUCUUCCCAUGAGGUGGUAGCGUGGAUCCGACGAAUACUUCGGGUGGAGAAGACAGGACACAGUGGUACUCUGGAUCCCAAGGUGACUGGCUGUUUAAUCGUGUGCAUAGAACGAGCCACUCGCUUGGUGAAAUCCCAACAGAGUGCAGGCAAAGAGUAUGUGGGAAUUGUCCGGCUACACAAUGCUAUUGAAGGGGGGACUCAACUUUCUAGGGCCCUAGAAACUCUGACAGGUGCCUUAUUCCAGCGACCCCCACUUAUUGCUGCAGUAAAGAGGCAGCUCCGAGUGCGGACCAUAUACGAGAGCAAGAUGAUCGAGUAUGAUCCGGAAAGAAGAUUAGGAAUCUUCUGGGUGAGUUGUGAGGCCGGCACGUAUAUUCGGACACUGUGUGUGCACCUGGGUUUGUUGUUGGGAGUUGGCGGUCAGAUGCAGGAACUUCGGCGGGUGCGUUCUGGAGUCAUGAGUGAAAAGGACCAUAUGGUGACGAUGCACGACGUGCUUGAUGCCCAGUGGCUGUAUGACAACCACAAGGAUGAGAGUUACCUGCGGCGGGUUGUUUACCCUUUAGAAAAGCUCUUGACAUCUCACAAACGGCUGGUGAUGAAAGACAGCGCGGUGAAUGCAAUCUGCUACGGGGCAAAGAUCAUGCUUCCGGGAGUUCUCCGAUACGAGGACGGCAUCGAAGUCAACCAGGAGAUCGUGGUCAUCACCACCAAAGGGGAAGCGAUCUGCAUGGCUAUUGCAUUAAUGACCACAGCAGUGAUCUCUACCUGUGACCAUGGUAUAGUAGCCAAGAUCAAGAGAGUGAUCAUGGAGAGAGAUACUUAUCCUCGGAAGUGGGGUUUAGGUCCAAAGGCAAGUCAGAAGAAGUUGAUGAUCAAGCAGGGCCUUCUGGAUAAGCAUGGCAAACCCACGGACAGCACACCUGUCACCUGGACGCAGGAGUACGUGGACUACAGUGACUCUGCCAAGAGAGAGGUGGCGGCCAAGGCAGCAAAAGCCCCGCAGGAAGUUGUUGAAGUGGUAAAAGCCCCAAAAGUAGUUGAUGAAGUGGUGAAAGCUCCAAAGCGGAAGCGAGAGAGUGAAAGUGACGAGACGUCACCACAGCUGGUCAAGAAAGAAAAGAAGAAGAAGAAGGAUAAGAAGGCCAAAGCUGGUGUAGACAGUGCGGACGAUCCGGGAGAUGGGGACAGUGACGCCAGCAAGAAGAAGAAGAAGAAGAAGAAAAUCAAAGUGGAAGUGGUUUCUGAGUAGUGGAGACCACUUUAAGCCCGGUGUCCAGUUGGGAGGAGAAAUUAAAAAGCCUUACUGAGAAAAGCUAAUUCCUUUGGUUCUUGAGGGAAUGGAACCCAGGUCCCAGAAAGGGUGGAGAGCCCCGGCACGUUUUCCUGCUACCUGAGAGCUCUGUGAGGUCACCUGGUGCGCCCAUCCCAUCCUGUCCUGUUUUAAGGAUACGGGUGAAGGAGGCGGAUUCUCUGCUGGGGAGAGUCGGAACCCUCUCCUUCAGACUCAGCGCAGCCCGGGCACCGUCUCAGCCGUUGCCCGGUGGCUGUGUUGACACCCUCGCUCUCUCCUGGUUUGCACCCCGUCCCCCGCCCUGGCUCAUCGAAAGCGUCCGCACGUUGCUCAAUGAAAUGGUGUAGAGCAAGUAAAACCAUAGAACCGAGCCACGCUGCUCACUGCAGAGAUCAAUUUUUCCUCCCGCGUCCUAUGAGGACAGCGGUCUACUUGGCGUCACGGCCACCUGUGUCACCCCCAUUUCCCCUGCCAGAGGCAGGCCAAACUUAUCAGCUGUUUUCCAGUCCAUCUCGGGCUUAGUGGUCUUCUGUGUACUUGUUCAGAGCCUGUGUGUACAGCCUCGUGCGCCUGGAUCCAUCUGCCUACGUGUUUUGUGACAGAAGCUAGAAACUGCUCUGUACUCUUAACCCUCCUUUACUUUCAAAGGAUGCAAUCACUCACUGCUGGGAGAAGGUUGGAAUUUUUACUUAUUAAACUUUACUUGUUUUUAAAAGUA